CAGAAACAACGAAAGAAAGAAUGGUGCUUAUCGUCUUUCUCCACUAGCAUCUUUCUUUUCUACAACAAUCAUUGAUCACCAUCCUUUCAGUUCUUCAAUCUCCAAUCUUUUCAAAAGGGGUUGUAUAAAUUCUCUUUUCUUAUCAAGAAAUUGAUUAGAUUACUUUCCAGGUGCGUAAAUUGAUAUCUUUCGCUUCUUCUUCUUCAGUGGUACACUGAGGAAGAAGUCGGCAUGGUCGAUUUUAAAGGAAACAUGAAGCGUCUCACAACCAGUCUAGCUCUCUUCGCAUCGAAUGCUAAUUUCACGACUAAAUCUUCUUCGAAAAGCUUCGAGCCGGAAGGAGUGGUUGGACUCGGAAUCGUCGCGGCUAUGGACGAAUUGAAUCCGUGUGUCUCUGUUAAACCAGGUAUAGCUGCGAUUUUAACUGUUUCGAGUAGAUCGAUGCCGAUCUCUAGUGCGCCGCAGAAGAUCUGUGGCGGCACAGUGAAAUCGAAUUUGGAGGAGGAGAUUGAGUUAUCUGAGGCAUAUACUUGUGUUAUUUCGCAUAUUGGAAAUAAUUUGAUUAAAAAGAGAGAGUAUUUUGAUGAUGUUUUGGCUCAUGAAUCUGAUUGGGUGAGUUCUGGAGCUGCCUUUGCUCGUGUUCUUGAAAUUGGGACGUCAAUGAUGAUAUCUCCAGUUUCAAAUACUGUAGAUUUUCUCCAAUCUUGUAAUAUGUGUAAGAAGCAGCUUCAAGGACUGGAUAUUUUCAUGUACAGAGGGGAGAAAGCAUUUUGUAGCCCUGAAUGUCGAUGCAAGCAGAUAUUGAUUGACACAAAUAAGGAGAAAAACAUCGGUUCUGGAGUUAUGAAGCCGAAAGAUUGCUCUGAUUCUCCCUGCUCCAGCCCCAUGCAGUUUUUCGCUGGACUAGCUGCUGCAUAGGUCUUGUUGUGUCGUUGUUGGUUACGCUUAUAAGUUAUAAAUAAGAGAAACUAAAGGUAUGAUUUUGAUGUUAUACAUAAGGUGAGGGGGGGUGGGGGAGAAUAAAUUUUCUUUUUUGGGGACUAAGAUGAAGAAAUAGGAUGCAAUUUUGAGAGAGUUUUGAGGCUGCUACUAGCUAUAAUCUCUACUGCAUCUUUGGACAUAUGUAUUGCUUUUUGAUGUAACUCCAAAAUGGGAGAUGGUUUUGGUGAGAAUUGUAACUUGCUUUUUGAACUCUUGGGGUAAAUAAUUUUUUCUUCCAAUAAAAAUUAGGAUAUUGGGAUGGA